CUGCCCUCCCCAGGGCGGGGACGGGGUGGGCCAGCCCCGUCAAGCCCAGGAGAAGGCUGUGUGUGCAGGCAGUGGCCGGCCGAGAUGGAGGGAGGUUGUGGUCACACCAGAGUCUCCAGGAGGUGACCACCUGGCUUGUAUCUGGGCGAGAAGGCAGAGCAGGGCUGGCGAUGCAGCUGAGCCUACUGUUGCUGCUGCUGCUGCCGCCGGGCCUCCUGCCUGUUCCUGGCAUGGAGGACCCUGACUUCCCCCACCCAGGAGAGAGCCUGCAGCCCCCACCCUGGGCCUGUCCCUGGCGCUGCUCCUGUCCCCAGGCUGACGUGGUGGACUGUGCCGGACUGGACUUGCAUGUACUCCCAGACAAUAUUACCAGGGAGGCCCGGUACCUCUCCCUGCAGAACAACCAGCUCCGGGAGCUCCCCUACAAUGAGCUGUCCCGCCUCAGUAGCCUUCGAACACUCAAUCUGCACCACAACUUCAUCUCUUCUGAGGGCCUGCCCGACGAGGCCUUCGAGUCCCUCGGGCAGCUGCAGCACCUCUACGUGGCCCACAACAAGCUCUCAGUGGCUCCCCAGUUCCUGCCCCGCUCCCUCCGUGUGGCUGAUCUGGCUGCCAAUCAAGUGACGGAGAUCUUCCCGCUCACCUUUGGGGAGAAGCCGGCCCUCAGGUCCGUGUACCUCCACAACAACCAGCUGGGCAACGCCGGCCUCCCUCCCAACGCCUUCCGAGGCUCCGAGGCCAUCACCACCCUCAGCCUCUCCAGCAACCGGCUCAGCCACCUUCCGCCCAGCCUGCCCACCUCGCUUGAGCAGCUACACCUGCAGAACAACGUCAUUUCCAAGGUGCCCCGAGGAGCCCUAAGCCACCAGACCCAGCUUCGUGAGCUGUACCUCCAGCACAACCAGCUGACAGACAGUGGCCUGGAUGCCACUACCUUCAGCAAGCUUCGCAGCCUGGAGUACCUGGAUCUAUCCCACAACCGACUGGCCACGGUGCCCGCUGGCUUGCCCAAGGCCCUGACCAUCCUGCACUUGGGCCGCAACCGCAUCCGGCAGGUGGAGGCGGCCCGGCUGCGCGGGGUUAGGGGCUUGCGGUACCUGCUGCUGCAGCACAAUGAGCUGGGGGCCACGGGGCUGCCAGCCAAGGCACUGCGCCCGCUGCGGAGGCUGCACGCACUGCACCUCUAUGGGAAUCAGCUGGAACGUGUGCCCGCUGCGCUGCCACGCCACCUGUGGGCCCUGCUGAUGCCCCACAACCACGUGGCUGUGCUGGGCGCCCGUGACCUGGCCUCCACACCAGGCCUGGCCGAGCUCAACCUGGCCUACAACCAGCUGACCAGUAAUCGGCUGACCCAGGUGCCCGUGGGCCUGCCUGGAGGCCUGCACACCCUGCACCUGCAGCGCAACCAGCUGCGCGCCCUGGAGCCUGAGUCGUGGGCUGGGCUGGGUCAGCUGCAGGAGCUCAGACUCGCACACAACCGGCUGCGCGUUGGUGACAUCGGGCCCGGCACGUGGCAUGAGCUGCAGGCCCUCCAGGUACUGGACCUGAGCCACAACGAGCUAUCCUUCGUGCCCCCCGACCUGCCCGAGGCCCUGGAGGAGCUGCACCUGCAGGGCAACCGCAUCAGCCACGUGGGACCCGAUGCCUUCCUCAGCACGCCACGCCUUCGCGCCCUCAUCCUCAGGGCCAACCGGCUGCACAUGACCAGCAUCGCGGAGGAGGCCUUCCUGGGCCUCCCACACCUGCGCGUGGUGGACACGGCCGACAAUCCAGAACAGGUCCUGGUCCGGCUGCCACCUACCCCCCGGCAUCGGCCCCGGGCAGGGGGCUCCUGAGGCUGCAGAACAGCCCCGCACCCUAGGGCUCAGUGGGGCAUGGGCUGAGGGGACAGUGCCCCGCUGGGGCCCUGGGAGGGACAGAUGAAACCAGAGACAAUAAAGCCUACCCCUUUCCAGCACUCACCCGGGACCAGCGCCCUUCUCGGGGUUCUGCCCUCUGCCGCCUCCCCAUACCCUGGAGU